CUUCCGUUUCAAUUCCCCUUCCCCCAGAUUCAGAUUCAACAGCAACAAGUUCCAUUUCGUCCUCCUUUCGCUCCGCCACUUCAAAGAGAGAGAGGGAGAGAGAAGAGAGCCUAACCGGGGCUCAUACAGGAGCUGGCUAACGCACAUGAGUCCGAGCCCAAGCCCGAGUGGGAGUCGGAGCGGAACAAGCGGCGGGUGCGGGAGCUGUACGCGGCCCUGAACGCGCGCGACGCGGAGGCGGUGCACCGGCUGCUGAAGCGGGACAUCGAGUGGUGGUUCCAUGGGCCCCCCGCGCACCAGCACAUGAUGCGCCUGCUCACCGGCGCCGACGCCUCCGACCCCAACCCCGACGACUUCGUGUUCGAGCCCGACUCCAUCGACGCCUUCGGCCCCACCGUCCUCGCCGAGCGCGCCGACCCCGCCCGCUCCCUCUACUGGGUCCACGUCUGGACGGUGGGCCCCGAUGGGGUGAUCACCCACGUCCGCGAGUACUUCAACACCGACCUCACCGUCACCCNCCCCUCCCCCUCCUCCGCCAAGAAGAAGUCGCCGCCCACCUCCCACUACUGCGCCCGCGCCCCGCUUUGGCAGAGCAAGCUCAGCGACACCGCCCGCAAGUCCCUCCCGGGCCUCGUCCUCGCCAUAUAAUAUAUAAUAUAUCGGAAUAUAAAACCGGCCCGAACACCCCGCUAUAUAUAUAGCUCGCCAUUUAUGCCUAUGAGUGGGGGUUAAUUUGCUAAGUUCGGAUUAAUAGUAACUAUAUAUAUAUAUAUAUAUAUAUACUACAUAGUUUGGUUUUUAAAGAAUAAGUCGAGUCUCUGUAGAUCGCGUGAUGAGGAUGAGAAAGCCCUGUGGUGUAGGAUCUUCAUCGUAUGUGUGCUACUGCUACUACUAUGCUGUGUUCUCCUCCUGCGAUAAUAAUAAUAAUAAUAAUAAAAGAUGUUUGUGUGGUUGUUCUCAUGAAAAAGAAGAUAAAGAUCGAAUUUAUUUAUUAUUAUCUUCAAGGUAUGUAUGUUCUUGGAAUAAGCAGGAAGAGGGUAACAAAGCGGGAGAUUAUAUAAUCGAAGCAUUUGUGAUAUAUAUGAGAAGAAACCUAUCACAGCUGUUAU